GUUUCUAGCCACAUUGAGUGCCUUCAUUGGAAUCGACUUUCACAUCACACAUAGGUGCAGUUGUUGUGACCAUUGCGAGACCUCAUAACAUCACUUCCGUUUAAGCUUUAAACAUUUCUCACGAACCUUCCUUGCGGAAUCGAUCGAUCAGACCUUCACACAAGGGAAACCUUCACAUUGCAUUUCAGCAUCCGCAUCGCAAGUGCAGAACUGUCUGUGACCUCAAACUACCUGGCAAAUCAAAUCGACCUCGGCUCUCUCCCAAGAAAGAACACUGCCUCCUUGGAUAGCAGGUAUCUCAGGAGCCUGCAUUCUUUCAGCAUUAGACAGGAUCUCAAUGCCCAUCCGUGUCCGUCCAGGCGGACAACUUCUCAAGGCCUGCAGGACACCGACAAGCCGAUACCUCACCAACCUCUCUGUACCCCCACGUAGGCGGACUCCAUCUCACCCCGCGCUCCGCACAAUGAGCAGCACAAGCAACGCUGGGCCAGCCACGACGGGCAGCCGACCCGCACCGGCCACGAGCACGUCACCGCUCCCCGGCAACACCUCAUCAGCCUCUCCCGGGACCCCAGCCUCGGGGGGUGCCGCACCCGCACCAUCCUCGUCUCCAUCUCACCCCCCCCAGCCGGCCGUUACCGUUACCGUUACAGACGACUCGGAACCAUCUACGGAACCCUCAGAUGGUGCUGCAACCAACUCAAGCUCAUCAAAGCCCCAAGACCCAACCGUCAAACAGGCUUUCCCCGCCCUGCCAUCUCCCGACUCAGUGACCCCCACCACCUCUGAGGAAGGCACAACAACGAUGCAGGUCAACGGUCAGCCGAUCGCGCUCGACAAGUUGGGCCCCAUGGUGGUCGGCCGGGACGGGACCAUCUCGCGCAUCGCCAACUGGCAGGAGAUGACGGAUCUGGAGCGGGAGAACACGCUGCGGGUGCUAGGCAAGCGCAACCAGCUGCGGCUGGGCAACCUCAGGGCAGGGUUGCCUGCUGAUCACAAGCCUGGGCGGUGAUGGGUCGUAAUAUUGAGCCUGGCCCUGCAGGUGGUUCUUCUUCCGAGUGAGGGUAUGGAGUAGUAGUCAUUAGGUAGGCAAGGGUUGGAAUGUGGUGCUAGUUGGAGCUGACUGUAGGUAGGAGUGGAUUGUCGUUGGCGGUACUCGAGAGUCGUUGUGGUGUUGCCAGGAGGACUCAAAUCACUGAGCUCAGGGAUUGCCGGAAAUCAACGGGAGAAGAGCAGGACACUGUAUAGCAAGAUUAGCGAGUAAUCAAAGAGCAG